GGGGUUUACUGGACCAUUCGGGGUGCACCUUGUUUUCGGAGUUUGCCCCAGACGCCAGGACAGCGGGUCCCCAGCCCCGCCCGGGUCUCCCGCCUCAGGGGCAAAGGGGCGCGCGGCGGGCUGGGGGCGGGGAAGGCGCGGGGACAAAGGCCGCGGCCACCGCGCUCCGGCCGGCGGGUGCGGCGGCGAACUUCCGCGGCGGUGCUGGGACUCCGCACGCCCGCGCUCCGAGAAGCCCGCACAGCGAUGGAGCGCCCUUGGGUGCCGCCUGGGCCCGCGCAGGCCGAACCCGCAGGCCCGCCGCCCGCACCGCCCCCUCCCCCGCCUCCACCCCCUCUCCCCCGCCCCGCGGCGCCCGCGGCGGCUGCGAGCUCGGCGAACAUGGCGGCGGCGGCGAUCGGGCGGGACACUUUACCUGAGCACUGGUCCUACGGCGUGUGCCGGGACGGCCGCGUCUUCUUCAUCAAUGACCAACUCCGCUGCACGACCUGGCUGCAUCCCCGCACCGGGGAGCCCGUCAACUCCGGCCACAUGAUUCGCUCAGACCUGCCCCGCGGCUGGGAGGAAGGCUUCACGGAGGAGGGCGCCAGCUACUUCAUCAACCAUAACCAGCAGACCACAGCGUUCCGGCAUCCUGUGAGUGGGCAGUUUUCUCCAGAAAAUAGCGAAUUUAUUCUUCAAGAAGAGUCAAAUCCACAUAUGUCGAAGCAAGAGAGAAACCUGAGACCAUCCAGCAUGGUCAGUGAAACGUCCACGACUGGGACCGCUUCCACCAUGGAGGCCAAACCCGGCCCCAAGAUCAUCAAGUCCAGCAGUAAAGUCCACAGCUUUGGGAAGAGGGACCAGGCCAUUCAGAGGAACCCCAAUGUUCCAGUGGUUGUGAGGGGCUGGCUGCACAAGCAGGACAGUUCUGGGAUGAGGCUGUGGAAAAGGAGGUGGUUUGUGCUUGCCGAUUAUUGCUUGUUUUACUAUAAAGACAGCCGAGAAGAAGUGGUCCUCGGGAGCAUUCCUCUGCCCAGCUACGUGAUCUCGCCAGUGGGGCCUGAGGACCGCAUCAGUCGCAAGUAUUCCUUUAAGGCCGUGCACACAGGGAUGCGAGCGCUCAUCUAUCACAGCUCCUUCAGGGGCUCUCAGGCUGAGCAGUCGGGCAUGAGGACCUACUAUUUCAGUGCCGACACCCUGGAGGACAUGAAUGCUUGGAUCAGGGCCAUGAACCAGGCCGCGCAGGUGCUGUCCCGAUCGUCACUGAAGAGGGACAUGGAGAAGCUGGAGCGGCAGGCAGUUCCCCAGGCCAACCAUGCAGAGGCCUGUCGUGAGUGUGGCCGCGUGGGACCCAGACAUGCGAGGGACUGUCCUUAUCGCCGCCAUGAGGACUCCUUUGGCUUCGAGAGGCGGGAGCAAGAGGAAGAACGGUACCGUUCCCAGAAGGACCCACUGGAGGGCAAGCGGGACAGGAGCAAGGCCAGGUCCCCGUACUCACCAGCUGAGGAGGAUGCCUUGUUCGUGGAUUUACCCGGUGGCCUGCGAGGCCAGCAGGCACAGCCCCAGAGGGCAGAGAGGAAUGGCAUCCUGUAUGGCCCAGGAGAGCAGAACGGGACUGGCGGAUACCAGCGGGCCUUUCCUCCCAGGACCAACCAUGAAAAGCACAGUCAGAGGAGGAGCAACCUGGCCCAGGUGGAACACUGGGCGAAGUCCCAGAAGGGGGAUGGCAGGAGCCUGCCCGUGGACCACACCCUUCCUCGCUACAGUGCCCCGAGCCAGUCCCUGCCCUUCCCAGAAAACUACCAGACGCUUCCCAAGAGCACCCAACACCCCUCAGGGGGCUCCUCGCCUCCUCCCCGCAACCUGCCGAGUGACUACAAGUAUGCGCAGGACAGAGCCAGCCACCGGAAGAUGUCCAAUGAGGAGCGCCGGGCACACCGGGAUGGCACCGUGUGGCAGCUCUACGAGUGGCAGCAGCGCCAGCAGUUCCGGCACGGCAGCCCCACGGCGCCCAUCUCUGUGGGUUCCCCAGAAUUCACUGAUCAUGGCCGGAGCAGGAGCAUGUUAGAGGUGCCCCGUUCCAUCUCUGUGCCUCCAUCUCCCUCGGACAUCCCUCCCCCGGGGCCCCCGAGGGUCUUCCCACCCCGGCGGCCACACACACCAGCAGAGAGGGUCACUGUGAAGCCAUCAGACCAGAGGAGGAGUGUGGACAUCUCUCUGGGGGGUUCUCCCAGGAAGGCAUGGGGCUAUGCUACCAAGAACUCGUCUCACGUGGACCGACGCUCCAUGCCCUCCAUGGGUUACAUGACCCACACUGUCAGUGCUCCCAGUUUACACGGAAAAUCGGCUGACGAUACCUACCUCCAGCUGAAGAAAGACCUGGAGUACCUGGACUUAAAGAUAAAAAAUAAUGAACCUUUGAUGAACGUGCUUUACAAAGUGCUGAAGAAGUCAGCACGGGGCUGUCGGCCCAGGAGAAGCAUGACAGGCCGGGACCUUCUGAAGGAUCGAAGCCUAAAGCCAGUGAAGAUUGCUGAGAGUGACAUUGACGUCAAACUGAGCGUCUUCUGUGAACAAGACAGGAUCCUCCAGGACUUGGAAGACAAGAUACGAGCCCUCAAGGAGAACAAAGACCAGCUAGAGUCUGUGCUGGAGGUGUUACACAGACAGAUGGAUCAGUACCGAGACCAGCCCCAGCACCUUGAGAAGAUUGCCUACCAGCAGAAGUUGCUGCAGGAGGACCUCGUUCACAUCCGGGCAGAGCUCUCCAGAGAGUCCACUGAGAUGGAAAAUGCCUGGAAUGAGUAUCUGAAGUUGGAGAAUGAUGUGGAGCAGCUGAAGCAGACCCUGCAGGAGCAGCACAGAAGAGCCUUUUUCUUCCAGGAGAAAUCACAGAUACAGAAGGAUCUCUGGAGGAUUGAAGACGUCAUUGCAGGCCUGAGCGCAAAUAAAGAGAACUUCAGAUUCCUGGUGGAAUCGGUCAAAAACCCAGAGAGAAAAACAGUGCCUUUGUUUCCUCACCCGCCUGUGCCUUCACUCUCUACUUCUGAGAGCAAGCCGCCCCUGCAGCUCAGCCCUCCCACCAGCCCUGUGCGGACCCCUCUGGAGGUUCGGCUCUUCCCACAGCUGCAAACUUACGUGCCCUAUCGACCUCACCCACCCCAGCUGAGGAAGGUGACGUCCCCGCUUCAGUCACCAACCAAGACAAAGCCCAAAGUCGAAGACGAAGCACCUCCCAGGCCCCCACUUCCUGAGCUCUACAGCCCUGAGGACCAGCCACCAGCUGUGCCACCUCUGCCGAGAGAGGCCACCAUCAUUCGGCACACUUCAGUGAGGGGCCUCAAGCGGCAGUCGGAUGAGCGGAAGCGAGACCGGGAGCAGGGCCAGUGUGUGAACGGAGACUCGAGGGUGGAGCUCCGGUCAUACGUUAGCGAGCCUGAGCUGGCGACUUUCAGUGGGGACAUGGCCCAGCCGUCCCUGGGACACGUGGGCCCUGAGAGCAGGUACCAGACGCUGCCGGGCAGAGGGCUCUCAGGGUCCACAUCCAGGCUCCAGCAGUCGUCCACCAUUGCUCCCUACGUCACCCUCCGGAGGGGUCUGAAUGCCGAAAGCAGCAAGAUGACCUUCCCUAGACCCAAGAGUGCCUUGGAGCGCCUGUACUCAGGGGACCACCAGCGGGGCAAGAUGAGUGCGGAGGAGCAGCUUGAGCGCAUGAAGCGGCACCAGAAGGCCCUGGUCCGGGAGCGCAAGAGGACACUGAGCCAAGGAGAGAGGACGAGCCUACCCUCGUCCCGCUACCUCAGCCAACCGCUCUCUGGAGAUCUCGGCUCAUGGAAGCGCGAGCAGGACUUUGACCUGCAGUUGCUGGACCGGGCCAUUCAAGGGGAAAGAAAGGACAAGGAGGAAAAUGGCUGGUUGAAAGUGCAGGCCAUUCCUGUCACUGAGGUGGACCUGGAACCACAGGACUAUGACUUGGACAUCAGCAGAGAGCUAUCCAAACCAGAGAAGGUCUCCAUCCCUGAGCGUUACGUGGAACUGGACCCUGAAGAGCCGCCAAGCCUGGAGGAGCUGCAAGCGCGGUAUCGCAAAGCUGAGAAGAUUCGCAACAUCCUUGCCCGGUCCAGCAUGUGCAACCUGCAGCCGACCUCCGGCCAGGACCGCAACAGCAUGGCCGACCUGGACUCGCAGCUGCAGGAGCAGGAGCGCAUCAUCAACAUCUCCUACGCCCUGGCCUCCGAGGCCUCCCAGCGCAGCAAGCAGGUGGCAGCGCAGCAGCUGGCCCUCCUCCCGCCUAAAGCCCCCCUGUCCUCCAGGAGCGUGCCACCUUACCCCCCCUUAAGCAACGGACUCCACUACACCUUUGUCUAACACCUUCCAACCCAGGCGGUGACUGACCCGUGAUCCAGCAUGCGGAGGAGAAGUCUAGAGCCAGGGGUCCAGUGGAACCAGCUUCCUCCGAGGAGACAGACUUUCCUUCCCACAACGAAACCCCUUCCGGCUGAGUAGGAGUUCUGUCUGGAGGAAGGAGUAGCCCAUCACCUGCAAGUGUCCGUCACAGGGCCAGGUCCAUCCCUACCCCCGGACUUGUGUUGUUAGUUCAGACUUCUUUUUACAUAUGACAAACGCACUUUUGAUACACACUAAAAUACUGACACUGUAUUUUAGAAUCAGAAUAUAUUUUAUAAUGUUCACCUCAAGGGCUGAGUGGCUGGAAUGAUGAGGAUGCAGGAUUUUGGAGCUGCACAUACAGGUCCAGGUACCACUGGGUGGGAGGUGUGGGUGGGGGGAGAAGGACAGGGCAAGCAGAGGCCAGUCCAACAUCCGAUGAACUCAGGUGAAGGCUGGAUGUGAGAACGUGCUUCCAGAGGAUUCCAGCAGUAGGCUUGUUGGUACGCAGUCUGGAGGAAGAGGGGCCCUUUGGCUUCAGAGAGCACCAUCCCUGACCUGGCCUGAUGACCAGCUCUGGAGAGUGAAAUUCCAUCGGGAUGGCACGUGGACCCCAAGUCUGUGCCUUGACCCUUGGGUUUGGUUUCGGGGCAAAAGUGAGUUCAAGAACUUUGGCUCUCAACCUACCCAUGAGGGUCUCUCAGCAAAGGGCUCUUCUCAGAAAGAAAAAACCAGUUUGCUUCAAUUUAAAAAACUACACUUUGAAAUAUGAAGAGGUGAGAUGGAAGCACCUUUUAUUGUAUCAUAAGCAAUAAACUCCACACUGGGUGGCAUCUACCUAAAACCGCUUGACUCCACACAAGGCUGUGAUUGAUAGACAGACAUCCCGGGAUGUUUGCUGCCUGCCCCUGGAGAAUCUAAGUCACCUUCCCCAGGACUGGGCCUCGUGGCAGGAGGGCUGGCGAUGUGCCCCCACCACCCCUGAUGGCCAGCAGCCAGCCGGGCAUGAUGGCAGGGCUUGGAUUUGACUUCCAGCCCCAAAUGAGGAGGGGUUUGCUGAGCCAGGCGCUGUGUUUGUGGCCCUUUAUUUAAAUCAUGAGCUCAUGAUAUUCUGCGUACAGAAAAUGAUGUUUAAAGGAAAAAAACUCCAUUGGGUGGAGCCACACUUUAAAUGAAAAUUUGUCUUUGACUAUGGUCAGAAAAAAUCUUGAAUAUAUUUAGAAGUUGCUGUCUAUUUUUAACUAACUCCAUAUGCUGCCAGUAUCGACUUCAUGACAUUUGCCAAAAUAAGAUUUUAUUUUUGCCUUUAUAAGAUUUUGUUGGAAAAAUGAAAUGAAUAUUUUGCAAGAAAAAG